AUGAUCCCUUCUGGCCUUAAAAUCUGUGAAUCUCUGAAUUCUCUCUCUUACUCCCUUUCUGUUGUAGGGCAUAUACCUUUUGGUCUGAUCUGCCAUCCUGAUCGGGAGCACUUUAUCUAUCCUCUGGGAUGUACCAUAAUUAUUCAAGGCCUGAACAACAACACACAAGCUUUCCUGCACGGCCACACUAACAACGUCUCCUGUGUUGCUGUGUCUCGGAGUGGAUGUUAUGUUGCUUCUGGACAGGUCACUUUCAUGGGCUUCAAGGCAGAUAUAAUUUUGUGGGACUACAAGAAGAGGGAGCUGCUUGCUCGGCUGUCACUUCACAAGGGGAAAAUUGAAAAACUGGCGUUCUCUCCAAAUGACCUUUACUUGGUGUCACUGGGAGGCCAAGACGACGGCAGUGUGGUUGUAUGGAGCAUAGCUAAGAGAGAUCCCAUCUGCGGCAGCCCUGCUUCAGCCCGUAGUGCUGGAAAUGCUACUGUCCUGGCAUUCUCCAACUGCAGAGACGAGGUGUUCGUUAGUGCUGGAAAUGGGACUAUUCGAGUGUGGGAACUAGAUCUACCUAAUAGAAAAAUCCGGCCAACAGAAUGCCAAACCGGGCAGCUGAAAAGAGUAAUCACAUGUAUUAUGAUGGCAGAAGAUAAUUACUUCUAUGUUGGCACUUCCAGUGGUGAUAUCCUGAAACUGUAUAUGAAAAGCAAACUAAUGAGUGACUAUGGACCUGUGAAGGAGAAGUUCAGCCUGGGAGUCACAGCUUUGCUUUUGCUGAAGACAGGAGAUUUAGUAGUCGGCACCGGAGGAGGGAUUGUAGGUCUCUGUAAAGGAUCGAACUACAAACUGAUCAAGAAAAUUCAAGUCCAAGGUGGCGUCACUUCCCUCACCCUGAGAGGUCAAGGUCACCAGUUCUUUGUAGGAACAGAAGAGUCCCAGAUUUAUCGCCUUAACUACAAUGAGUUUAAAGAGGAGCUCAUUGCUACCUGUCAUAAUGAAGCCAUCCACGACAUCAUUUUUCCAUCGGGAACCUCUGACUUGUUUGCCACCUGCUCCAAGAAUGACAUCCGAGUGUGGCACACCCCAGAAAACAAGGAGCUCUUACGAAUCACGAUCCCCAAUAUGACCUGCCGUGCCAUAGACUUCAUGAGAGACGGCAAGAGCAUUAUUUCAGCGUGGAAUGAUGGGAAAAUCCGUGCCUUCACACCAGAGACUGGCCGACUCAUGUAUGUGAUUGACCAUGCCCAUAGCAUGGGUGUGACAGCCAUCGCUGCAACAAGUGAUUGUAAAAGGAUCAUCAGUGGAGGAGGUGAAGGGCAGGUGAGGGUGUGGGAAAUUGGUCAGAACACUCGCAAACUGGAGGAAGUUCUGAAGGAGCACAUAUCCGCUGUAUCUUGCAUCAAGAUUAAGAAGAACAACCGGGAGUGUGUCACAGCCAGCAUCGAUGGAACGUGCAUCAUUUGGGAUAUUGUACGUUUUAUGAGGAAUCAGAUGAUCCUGGCCAACACCUUGUUCCAGUGUGUGUGUUACCAUCCGGAGGAGUUCCAGAUAAUCACCAGUGGAACAGACAGAAAGAUUGGAUACUGGGAAAUAUUUGAUGGUUCUGCAAUCAGAAAUUUGGAAGGCUCCCUGACUGGCUCCAUCAAUGGGAUGGAUAUCACAUCAGACGGGACUUAUUUUGUUACAGGCGGUGAUGAUCACCUAGUGAAGGUAUGGGACUAUAACGAGGGUGAGGUGACUCACGUCGGCAUGGGUCACAGUGGCAGCAUCACCCGACUCAGGAUCUGCCCUGGGAACAAAUACAUUGUGAGCGUGAGCGCAGAUGGUGCUAUCCUGCGAUGGAAAUACCCACACUCCUGAUACCUGGCAUAGAAGCUGCGAGACCAUAUGACACCUCUGAAAGCUUUGAUCUUACAGUUGACACCGCUUAAAACGAUGCAAACAUUCCUACUAAUAGAGGAGACAUUGUUUUUGUAUUAGCUAGUAUGAAAUAACCAGGCCCUUCAGAGAUCCUUUCUGGUGUCCGAUAAGACUGAUGGGCCUGACUUUCACAGGUGCUAAGCACUUGCAACUCCCAUUGACUCCACUGAAGUGCGGGGGCUCCUUCCUGCUCAAGGUCAGGCCCAUGCAGUUCUAUUAGUGCUUGUGUUCUGUUGCUAUCUUUUCUAGUCUGUCUGUCUGUCUCCUUCACAAUGAAUCGCUUGUUGUGUAAAUACGA